CGGGAAGGCCGAGAAUCCGCGCCGUGGCCAGAAGCUGCCCUCGCCCGUGGGCCGGGGAGGCGCUUCGCUCGCGGUCACCUUGCAAAACCUGGCGAGGGCGGCGCCCGGACGCCACGGCGACGGGGAACAGGAAGUGAGGGGCUGCGGUGCUGAAGACGUCAGUGAGAGAGAUCUCAUGCUCCGAUAAGAGAAACGAGAGAGAGGGAGAGAGAUAUAGAGAGAUAGAGGGAGAGAGAGGGAGAGAGAGACAGAGAGAGAGAGGGAGAGAGAAACAGAGCGAUAGAGGAAGAGAGAGAGAGAGGUGUUUCACACAUUCCUUGCCAUGCUUUUGCAACACAAAUGCAAAUUUUGUCACGCCAACUAAGCACUUUGAAUUUGAGCGAGAGAGUGCAAACUCUGGAAAGAGUGCGUUUAUAAACCGUGAGACUCAUUGUCAAAACUUCUUCUUCACUGGAUUUGAUAUAGUUUGAAGCUUCGUUCGCCGAGAAAUUGCAACGGGACAGUCUUGUGAAACACGACACCCCGGAGUGGCCCUGUUUACGUAAAUACACACGAGCGCGUACGCGCUGUCCCCGUGCGUCACGCUCCAGGCUGGCUGACCCAGCGUCUGCGAGCGAAGGCGCAGGUUCCUCCCUGUGUCGGUUCCACGCUCAGAUCCCGUCUGAGAGGAGCAGACCUGUCGGCGAAGACGGGGAGGGGCCGAUGUGGUCGCCUGCGCCCCGCCCCGCCCCGUUACCUCUCGGGGAGAAGAGACGCGCACCGGCGUAAAAAUUUUAUGUCAUUGUGACCAAUCACGCGCUGCGAACAUCCUCUUUUUUUUCACAGCUCUUUACUUCCUACCUCCCUCUCUCACUCUCUCUCUCUCUCUCUCCUUCCUUCCCCCUCUUCGUCUUGUUUCUUCACCUCCGCCGCCGUUUUUCUGGCGGGUUUGUGGACAGGAAGUGCAGACGCUGUCACUUUUCGGCUGAGUAACGCCGGGGACGCCUGGCAUUCUGUGAUUAAAUUCAAAAAGGAGAUGUAGGGUGACGGAUCGAUUUAGCGAGCGCGAGGAGAGCGCCGCGGCAUGGACCGGGACGUCGCGCUGACCGCAGAGCACCGAACAAACAUGGACGCCGCCUUCUGAGCGCGGGGGAAGGAGGAAGUCACAAACGCAGCGCCUCUGCUCGUUUCCCUUCGCCGCCGCCGCCGCCGCUCGACUCCCCCGGCCGGCCGAUGGAGGGGGACGGGCCGCCCCCGGCGGGGCUGGCCGGACUCUCGGCGCAGGACGUGUGGAUGUGCCUGGACAUGCGCAUGCUGGAGGAGGAGCUGGACUCCAUUUUGCGGAGCACGGAGGAGGCCAGCGGCGACCCCCGCGGGUCGCGGCGGGCGGGACAGGUUUCCGGGGGACGCGACUCCGCCCGGGCGGGUCCCCCUGCCCCUCCCUCCGAGACGGGCGACCGGCAGGCGCCCCCCGACACCCCCGCGGAGAUCCGCACCCCCGGCACGGACGUCAGCUCGGCUGACGAGCUGGACUCGGCCCGGUGGAGCGCUCAGGAGCUCAGCUGGAUGCUCAACCCCCUGUCCCAUCAGCAGCUCUCUCCGGACCCCCCAGCCCAGGGCGCAGACCGGGGAACACUGCCCCCAAAGAGCGCCCCCGAGCAGGGCCUGGGGAGCACGGCAAAUCAGGAAUGCAAUUGGCCCGGCCCAGAUGAGGAGGGGUUUGGGACACAGAUACAGGAAGUGGUGGGACACGCAUGGGAACCAAAAGGGUACACAGGAACGGAUUGGCAGCUGGGCGAAUUACGCGAGGCCACAGAUGAUGACAGGCUGGAGGCGGGGGCUGAGCGGCCGGCUGGGGACGCAUCGACCGCCGAGAUCACCGUGACCGCGGCGUCCACGGUAACCGCGGGGACCGGACCCGUGUCUGUGGAGACGCGCUCCGAGGACAGCACCGACGGCUCCGUGUACUCAUGCUGUGUGCGUCAGACUUACGAGGGGACGCAACCCCACGGAGCAGGGGGGACUGCGGCGCCCCCUGGUGGCUCGGAGGCAGAGAGCAGUUAUAGCCAUGGUCCUGGUGCCACGAAGGAAGAGGAACAGAGACCGCACCCCUCCUUAAACUUCCCCACUGGGAUCUGGGCCCUGCACUCUGCCCCUCAGGAGGGAGGAGAGGGUCACUGGAGGGAAGUGGCCAGUCUGGGGCAGGAGGAAGUAGAGGAGGAGGAGGAGAAGGAGGCGCUAGCCAGUCUGCGUUUGUGUCCUGUGACCGAGAUCCAGAAAGAAAUGGAGCAGACGUGGCCCACGGAGAGUCAGGAGGAAGAGCUGAAGAGACUCCUCGAGGAGCUGGAAGAGUUCAGCCACCUGAAUGAGCGGUUCAGGCAACCGGCACGCUUAGAGCAGCUAGAGCAGCCAGAGCGGUCUGUAGAAUCAAAGCAGCUGGAGCAGCCAGAGUGGCCUGCAGAAUCAGAGCAGCUGGAGCAGCCAGAGUGGCCUGUAGAAUUAGAAGAGAUCGAAGAGUCAGAGCAGGUACAGCAGCCAGAGCAGUUGGAGCAGCUGGAGGAGUUUGAGCAGGCUGUGCAGUCAGAGCAGUUAGAGCAGACUGUGCAGUCAUGGCAGUAUGAGCUGGCUGUGCAGUUAGAGCAGUUAGAGCAGACUGUGCAAUUUGAGCAGUCAGAGAAGACUGUGCAGUCAGAGCAGUUGGAUCAGACUGUGCAGUUUGAGCAGUUAGAGCAGACUGUGCAGUCGGAGCAGACUGUGCAGUCAUGGCAGUAUGAGCUGGCUCUGCAGUUAGAGCAGUUAGAGCAGAUUGUGCAGCCAGAGCCGUUAGAGCAGACUGUGCAGUCAUGGCAGUAUAAGCUGGCUGUGCAGUUGGAGCAGUUAGAGCACACUGUGCAGUUGGAGCAGACUGUGCAGUCAGAGCAGUUGGAGCAGACUGUGCAGUCAGAGAAGUUGGAGCAGACUGUGCAGUCAGAGAAGUUGGAGCAGACUGUGCAGUCAGAGCAGUUGGAUCAGACUGUGCAGUUAGAGGAGUUGGAGCAGACUGUGCAGUCAGAGCAGUUGGAGCAGACUGUGCAGUCAGAGCAGUUGGAGCAGACUGUGCAGUCAGAGAAGUUGGAGCAGACUGUGCAGUCAGAGCAGUUGGAGCAGACUGUGCAGUCAGAGCAGUUGGAGCAGACUGUGCAGUCAGAGAAGUUGGAGCAGACUGUGCAGUUAGAGCAGUUGGAGCAGACUGUGCAGUCAGAGAAGUUGGAGCAGACUGUGCAGUCAGAGAAGUUGGAGCAGACUGUGCAGUCAGAGCAGACUUUGCAGCCAGAGCAGUUAGAGCAGACUGUGCAGUUAGAGGAGUUGGAGAAAACUGUGCAGUUAGAGCAGACUGUGCAGUUAGAGGAUUUGGAGAAAACUGUGCAGUUAGAGCAGACUGUGCAGUUAGAACAGUUAGAGCAGACUGUGCAAUUUCAGCACUUAGAACAGGCUGUGCAGUCAGAACAGUUAAAGCAGACUGUACAGUUGGAGCAGACUGUGCAGGUAGAGCAGUUGGAGCAGACUGUGCAGUCGGAGCAGUUGGAGCAGACUGUGCAGGUGGAGCAGUUGGAGCAGACUGUACAGUUAGAACAGUUAGAGCAGACUGUGCAGUUAGAACACUCGGAGCAGACUGUGCAGUCAGAGCAGUUAGAGCAGACUGUGCAGGUGGAGCAGUUGGAGCAGACUGUGCAGGUGGAGCAGUUGGAGCAGACUGUGCAGGUGGAGCAGCUGGAGCAGACUGUGCAGCCGGACAGGUUAGAGCAGACUGUGCAGCCGGAGAGGUUAGAGCAGACUGUGCAGCCGGAGAGGUUAGAGCAGACUGUGCAGGUGGAGCAGUUGGAGCAGACUGUGCAGCCGGAGCAGUUAGAGCAGACUGUGCAGCCGGAGAGGUUAGAGCAGACUGUGCAGCCAGAGCAGUUAGAGCAGACUGUGCAGCCGGAGAGGUUAGAGCAGACUGUGCAGGUGGAGCAGUUGGAGCAGACUGUGCAGCCGGAGAGGUUAGAGCAGACUGUGCAGGUGGAGCAGUUGGAGCAGACUGUGCAGGUGGAGAGGUUAGAGCAGACUGUGCAGGUGGAGCAGUUGGAGCAGACUGUGCAGGUGGAGAGGUUAGUGCAGACUGUGCAGGUGGAGCAGUUGGAGCAGACUGUGCAGGUGGAGAGGUUAGUGCAGACUGUGCAGGUGGAGAGGUUAGAGCAGACUGUGCAGGUGGAGCCCGAAGAACAAUCCAGUGAGCAGGGUGUGCACAGAAGAGGAAACUCGGGACAGAGAGAGCAGACGCAGCAGCCCUUGCAGCCGGAGCAGACGCAGCAGCCCUUGCAGCCGGAGCAGACCCAGCAGCCCUUGCAGCCGGAGCAGACGCAGCAGACGUGCCCCACAGACCCGGCGCAGGCGUGCCCCCCCCAGGUUAAGGAAAAUGGCGUCGGGGUGGACAGGGAAGGGGCGCGCAGGCUGGCCGAGAGACUGCACAAGCUGCAGGACGUCCGGCGCACGGAAGUGGUCGCUCACAUGGACAAAGAUAACGAGUUCAGCCGAGCUGUGGGGCAGGAGUACCUGAAGCUCUUCGACUUCACCGGGCAGACUCUGGAGCAAGCCCUGAGGUCCUUUCUGAAAGUGGUGGUGCUGAUUGGAGAGUCGCAGGAGAGGGAGAGGGUGCUUCAGCAUUUCGCCGAGCGGUUCCACGACUGCAACCCGGACGGCUUCUCCUCCUCAGGGGCAGUUCUCACGCUCACCUGCGCAUUGAUGCUCCUGAAUACUGACCUGCACGGACAGAAUGUAGGCAAGCCCAUGUCCCUGUCCAGCUUCGUGUCCAACCUGGAAGGCAUGAAUGACGGAGAGAACUUCCACAGGGAGAUGCUGAAGGUCCUGUACAGCUCCAUUAAGAGUGAAGCGCUCCAGUGGGCCAUUGACGAGGAGGAACUGAAGGCCGCCGCCUUGUUGCCGGGGGACGCGAAGGCGGACGCGCCGGCGGGCUCCAGGAUCAACCCCUUCCAGGACGUCCAGCACGACGAGGCGGCCCCCGUCUUUAAGGAGGGGUUCCUGACGCGCAAGGCGCACGCCGACGUCGACGGGAAGCGAACUCCCUGGGGGAAGCGUGGCUGGAAGACCUUUUAUGCUGUGCUUAAAGGCCUGGUUUUGUACCUGAUGAAGGAUCAGAACGGUGGGGACUGGCGGAGCGCGGAGGAGGUGGUGAGCGUGCACCACUCCCUGGCCGAGCCGGUGCGCAGCUACACCAAGCGCCCGCACGUCUUCCGCCUGCAGACCGCCGACUGGAGGGUCUACCUGCUGCAGGCCGCCUCGGCGGAGCAGGUGAGCUCCUGGCUGAGCCGGGUGAAUCUGGUCUCUGCGCUGUACUCCUCUCCUCCUUUCCCUGCUGCUGUGGGCUCCCAGAGGAGGUUCAGCCGGCCCAUCCUGCCAGCCAAGGCCUCCCCACUCACUCUGGAGCAGAAGCUGCAGUCGCACUCGCGCAUGCUGGAGUCCUUCUCUGAGGACCUGCGCCUCCUGCAAGAGGAGCUACCCAACGGCCGGCGGGCCAAGCCUCGAGAGCUGGAGGAGCAGCGACUGAGGGAGGAGUACCUGCAGCACGAGAAGACGCGCUAUGAGGUGUACCUGCAGGUGCUGGAGGUGUGGCAGGCCCUGGGGGGAGAGGUGGGCGGUCCGGUGGGGGCGGACGAGCUCGAGCUCUUUGACAGGGAAGUGCGGACCGACACGGGGGAGGAGCAGCCGGAGGCGGUGCUAAAGAAGUCCUACUCCAGCCCGUCCCUCGUCCAGGCCAUGGCUCCGCCCACCGAGGUGAAGGUCAAGCGCAACAUCUCGGAGCGGCGCUCCCACCGCAAGGUCAUCGUUCCGAGGCGCAGCAAGGACGUGUGAACGAGGAAUCUCAUUCGCUCGCCGGCAAGACCGUCUGCCACAUGACCCAUGAUCUCACAUCCCCUAAUGCCAUGACGUCACGUCCUGUGUACGUUCCCCCUCACUUCCUGGAGUUUUGCAGUCACAUUAUUUUCAAAUUAUUUAUUUAUUUUUCGAGUCAAUCAAAUACUUUUUUUCCCCUUUUUUUUUCCUCUUCGCUGAUCUCUGGAGUUAAAUAUAUUAAAUAUCAAAUCUACGUGCUUAUAAAUCAGUGAAGGUUUUUUUCUCUGGAACGAAAAAAGAACUUGGAAUAUGAAGAAUAAACCCUGUAGCAUAAAGAUGUUUACGAUCCCAGAAGGUUGUUGAAGGCACAUUGACUUCAUGGACAUGGGGUGGUGGAAAGGUGUGCUUUUGUGAGCCUGCAUUCAGACACCCUAAAAUGUCUGUACUGCAUAUGGUCUAUCGCACUCUUACUUAAGACAGUGCUGCAGAAGCCUUCUCUCUGACUUCAUUUUGAGAGGAAUGAGCGGGACAUCUGGUUGGCUCGUAUGUGCUCUUUGGUUCGUGGAACUUCAAGGGUCCAAUCAGAUCGUUUCCUGAACAGAGAUACCGGGAAACAUCGACGCAGUUAAUGAGCCUUUUAUGAGUCCUGUGGAGCUCACACUGACUUAAAAAAAAAAAAAGAUUUAAUUUUCCUUCUUUGCGGUGGUUUAAUACCGCUUGUCUCUGCUGUGUCUCGCAGCUGUGUGUUUCUGAUGAGUUUGUGUGUUUUGAAAGAAUCAGACAAAAGCAGGGUAAAUAUGCGGAGCGCUACUGGGCUGAACGAGUUUGUUCUGCGAUGUUAAAUGUUAGCCAGAGGAGGGCGCUGUGUAACAGCACAUUGAAGCCGAGUGCACAGAAAAUACAGGAAAUACUGAAGCAAGUAUUUCUUUAAUUGUUUUUGUUCUUCGUACGUGUAACACAUUCGUUUCAAUUUGUUCAUAGAUUUAUUAUUUUUAAAAUUUUGGUUUUCAUUAGAAAAAUGCCUGUUUGUAUUUAUAAGAAUUUAUAUCACCGGAACUCGACGGGUAAAAAGGGAAACGUUCACGAUUUUUUGUGAUUUGUUUCGUUUCUGUUCAGUGCUAGUUAAAUAAUUUGAUAUUUUCCACUAAUUAACAUGACGGUAUAUUUAAAGUUUGUUUUGGCCUUCAAAGCACAAUUCAAAUAAUGGUACCUUUUAAUUUUUACAAUUCCACCGCAUUCUAAAACAUAGCAAGUAAACUGACGGGGCAGGGCAAUCCACGAGGGCGUGUCUAGACUGGAUACACGCUGUGGUGUUCUGCUUUACGAAUUUGCCGGCAAUUCUGUUCAAGCGAUGCAAAGUUUUCCAACACUGCAAUUAAAUUUACUGGAGCUUAUGAAA